GCUGCUGUGGGAGAGGCAGCCUGUCAGUCUCCGAGCUAAAGGCUGAGCUGCGUGCGCUGCUCCCCGGCUUUUGUCUCACAGCAGCUCCACGCUCACGUCGUCAGUCAAAAAUGAAACGAGUCUGGCUCCCAGCGCUGCUCUUCGCCCUCUUAGCCUUCGCUGCUGUGAAGGCAGAGGAUGAACUCGACGUAGAUGGCAUAGUAGAGGAGGACCUGGGUAAAAGCAGGGAUGGCUCCAGGACCGAUGAUGAGGUGGUGCAGAGAGAGGAGGAGGCUAUCCAGCUGGAUGGGCUGAAUGCAGCUCAGAUUAAGGAUAUAAGAGAAAAGUCAGAAAAACAUGUCUUCCAGGCGGAAGUCAACCGUAUGAUGAAGCUGAUUAUCAACUCCCUCUACAAGAACAAGGAGAUUUUCCUUAGGGAGCUGAUUUCAAAUGCUUCAGAUGCUCUAGAUAAGAUUCGCCUGAUGUCUCUCACCAAUGAAGAUGCAAUGGCCUCCAAUGAAGAGCUGACCAUCAAAAUAAAAUCUGAUAAAGAGAAGAACAUGCUACACAUCACUGACACUGGUAUUGGAAUGACCAAAGAAGAGCUGGUGAAGAACUUGGGCACCAUCGCCAAGUCCGGCACCAGCGAGUUCCUCAGCAAGAUGACAGAUGUGCAGACUGAGGCAGAGUCCAGCUCAGAGCUGAUUGGCCAGUUUGGUGUGGGUUUCUACUCCGCUUUCCUUGUUGCUGACAAGGUCAUUGUGACAACAAAGCACAACAAUGGCACUCAGCACAUCUGGGAGUCUGACUCCAAUGAGUUUUCCGUCGUCGAGGACCCCCGCGGGGACACGCUCGGCAGAGGAACCACCAUCACGCUCGUCCUGAAAGAGGAGGCCUCAGACUAUCUGGAGCUUGAGACCAUCAAGAACCUCAUCAAGAAAUACUCUCAGUUCAUCAACUUCCCCAUCUACCUUUGGGCCAGCAAGACUGAGACAGUUGAGGAGCCCAUCGAGGAAGAUGCCGAGGCAACAGAGGAACCAGAGAAAGAGACACCUGAAGAGGAGGCUGAGGUAGAAGAGGAGGAAGAGAACAAAGACAAACCAAAGACAAAGAAGGUUGAGAAGACCGUGUGGGACUGGGAGCUGAUGAAUGAUAUCAAGCCCAUCUGGCAGAGACAAGCUAAGGAGGUUGAGGAGGAUGAAUACAAUGCUUUCUACAAGACCUUCUCUAAGGACAGCGAUGACCCUCUGGCUCACAUCCACUUCACAGCUGAGGGUGAGGUCACCUUUAAGUCGAUCCUCUUUGUGCCCACUUCAGCUCCCCGCGGCCUGUUUGACGAGUACGGCUCCAAGAAGAACGACUACAUCAAGCUAUUUGUCAGAAGAGUUUUCAUCACAGACGACUUCAACGACAUGAUGCCCAAGUACCUGAACUUCGUCAAGGGAGUGGUUGACUCUGAUGACCUCCCCCUGAAUGUGUCCAGAGAGACUCUGCAGCAGCACAAACUGCUCAAGGUGAUUCGUAAGAAACUGGUGCGUAAGACUUUGGACAUGAUCAAGAAGAUCGCAGAGGCGACGUACAACGAUAAGUUCUGGAAGGAGUUUGGAACCAACAUCAAGCUGGGUGUCAUUGAGGAUCACUCCAACAGGACCCGACUGGCCAAACUGCUGCGUUUCCAGACCUCCAACAGUGAGACAGUCCUGGCCAGCCUGGAGGAGUAUGUGGAGCGCAUGAAGGAGAAGCAGGACAAGAUCUACUUCAUGGCUGGAACCAGCAGGAAAGAGGCUGAGGCUUCUCCUUUCGUCGAGAGGCUGCUGAAAAAGGGCUACGAGGUUAUCUACCUGACUGAGCCUGUGGAUGAGUACUGCGUUCAGGCGUUGCCCGAGUUUGAUGGAAAACGUUUCCAGAACGUGGCAAAGGAGGGCAUCAAAUUCGACGAGAGCGACAUGGCCAAGGAAAAGAGGGAGACCCUGGAGAAGAACUUUGAGCCUCUUACCACUUGGCUGAAGGACAAGGCCCUGAAGGACAAGAUUGAGAAGGCCAUCCUCUCUCAGAGGCUGACCAACUCACCCUGCGCUCUGGUUGCCAGUCAGUACGGCUGGUCAGGAAACAUGGAGAGGAUCAUGAAGGCACAAGCUUACCAGACAGGAAAAGACAUUUCCACAAACUAUUACGCCAGCCAGAAGAAAACAUUAGAAAUCAACCCUAAACACCCUCUCAUCAAGCAGAUGCUCAACAGAGUCAAUGAUGACGCUGAGGACCAGACUGCAUCAGAUCUGGCCAUGGUUCUGUUUGAGACGGCCACGCUGCGCUCAGGCUACCAGCUGGUGGACACUAAGUCUUACGGAGACAGGAUAGAGCGCAUGCUUCGACUCAGCAUGAAUGUACCUCUGGAUGAACAGGCAAAGGAGGAGCCAGCCGAGGACGACUCUGAAGACAAAGAUGACAUCGUAGAUGACGAUGACGAUGAAGAAACGCAAACCGGUUUAGUCCACAUCCAUAGACUGAGAACAGGAAUGAGUAUAGAAAUUCCUGAAGGACUGACGGAGCUGCUACAGAGCUUUACCGUGGAAGUGUUGAGGAGCCAGCCCAGGGAUUUGCUCGAGUUCGCGCUGCAGUACUUCACCCAGCUGAAGGACCGGGAGACCAAAGAGGCCUCGUGUGGCAAUGACCAGAAUUCGGCCCCGAGACCUGGGAAAGCGGUCAACUUCAUUGACGAAGCCAUGCAGAUCGACUCGGAGAACGGAGAGGAGGAGGAGGAGGAGGACGACGAUGACGAGGAAUUCAUAGCCCCAGUCAUAAACCGGUUCAUCAGAAGAGCAUCAGUGUGUGCUGAAGCAUUCAAUCCUGAUGAUGAUGAUGAUGAGGAUAAAGAGCCAUGGGUCACCCACCCAAAAACCGAUGAGCAGAGACAGAGACUACAGGACGCAUGUAGGGACAUUCUUCUGUUCAAGAAUUUGGAUGAAGAACAGAUGUCUCAGGUGCUGGAUGCCAUGUUUGAGAAGUUCUGCACAGAAGAGGAGCACAUUAUUGAUCAACAUGAUGACGGGGACAACUUUUAUGUUCUUGAAAGUGGGAAGUUUAACAUAUUCGUGAAGGUUGAUGGUAUGGAUAAGCUGGUCGGCUGCUAUGACAACAGAGGCAGCUUUGGAGAACUAGCACUGAUGUACAACACCCCCAGGGCAGCCACCAUAGUCGCUGUCUCGCCUGGAGCCCUUUGGUGCCUAGAUCGUCUGACAUUCAGGAGGAUCAUAGUGAAGAAUAACGCCAAGAAGAGAAAGCUGUAUGAGGCGUUCAUCGAAACGCUACCACUGCUCACAUCAUUAGAGCUCUCGGAGAGAAUGAAGGUUGUAGAUGUUCUGUCCACCAAGGUGUUCAAUGAUUCACAGCAGAUUAUUGCACAGGGGGAUUUAGCGGUUUCCUUCUACAUUGUCGAGUCUGGCCAAGUUAGAAUCACCAUGAAAAGAAGCAGGACGAAAAAAGACCAGGAGGAAGAGGAGAUGGACAUUGCCACAUGUUCAAGGGGCCAGUAUUUUGGGGAGUUGGCACUUGUCACAAACAAGCCCAGAGCUGCAUCGGCGUAUGCUGUGGGGAGCGUGAAAUGCUUGGUCAUGGAUGUCAAAGCCUUUGAGAGAUUGCUGGGGCCGUGCAUGGACAUCAUGAAGAGAAACAUUGCUAACUAUGAGGAGCAGCUGGUCACCCUGUUUGGAAGUAGCCCUGAGAUUGAGCAACACAGUGCAUAAGAUGGCUCCAAUGGACCAUGAAUCAGUGGAUGAAAAAACAGAAGGCUUAUAUGGAGGUUCUCCCCCCCGUAGUCACUUAAACGGCUUUUCUUACAAGAAAUGCGAAUACCCAUGAUGCUAUUUGUGUAUGAGAUAAAUAGAACAAACAGCUUCAGAUUCCCAGAUGAGACGAGGUUCAUUUCAGCAGAGUUUGCCACAGAGUGUUACGACUACAAGUGAGCCAAAGCAGAGUUGCUUACAGCUUCUUUAAAUUUCGAUUUGUCACGACUCACUCACCUAAAAGACGUACGUGUACAUUUUACUCGUCAGUGUCAGAUGCAUUAUUCAUUUGUAUUCCGAACACUUUUGUUAACUCUCACCUUAUAUCCCACAGUGUUAUCGUUACACCCACAGUAUUAUAUUGUUUGUAAAUUUUUUAAUAUUGUUUGUUAAAACCAGAUGCCAAAGCAAAUUUCUUACUGGAUAAUUGUGAGUAAAACACGUCAUAUUCUCUUUUUUUGGCAAGAGAACCAACACUCACAGCACGAGGCAACGCAACACGAGAACGGAUAAACAAUUUAUAAAGGGAGUGGAUUUGAUCCUGUGUUUAAAUAGCAUCUUUCACAUAUUUGAUCACAAGAGAAUGUAGACUUGGCAGUACUUUUACAAAACACAUUUUGUUUAUCAUGAGAUUUUAAUCCCUUCAAUACGUGUUCAUAAGAUGUACAUCAUUGUUGGACAGUGUUUGUGGCUGUUAGCCUUUUGAAAAUAAACAAAAAAACAAAAAGAAUCGUCAGAGAGAUAGCUGAUAGUUUUGUAAGAAUAUACAACACAUUGCUAUACAAUUUGAAACUGAGUAUUUACUGUUGAUGUACAGACCCACCUUUAAUUUGAUAAGUUACCCCACUAGACUGCAGCCAUUAUGGGCAAUGUCUUGAGACAAUUGAUUUUCCUGUGUUUUAAUGUCAAAUUUAAGUCUGUUUUUGUGUCGGUGAAACAUAUAUUUAUAAUUAUGACAUUCAUUAUUGCUGUCUACCUCUGCCAACAGCUUCUUCUUUAUGGAAACACAUAUUCUGAUGUUCCCUUUCAACAGGAAUCUAAGUCGCUCUGACUCUCCCUCUCUCUUCUUCUAAAAUGAAUAAUUAGUCUGUAUUUUGUCUGUGCUUUCCUGCAGCUUCAACUGUUUGAAGCUGCUUUAACAUUUAAACAUUAUAAAUUGAUUUCCCCCCUUUGUGCAGGUUGUAGGCUACUGGUCAUUUCUGAGGGCAGAACCCAUAAUACUGGAUGAAAGUACUGUAUGUUUCACUUUUCAUGACAAUAAAGGACAUUUUUAUAUA